GACCAUAAAACAAGAGAACUUAAUGUGUAUUUUUACGUUUAAGGAUACUUUGUUUUCUUGUAGACUAAAAAAAAAAAGUAUUGAAGAAAAAUAGUUUAUUAACUGUCAUUUAAAAUAAGUAAAGUUUUUGAACCCCCUCUGCGGAUUAAUUUUUCAGCGUCCAAGUGUUUAACUCUUCACAUUGAUUUAACUGACCUGGCCGUUAAAGCACGAAAGCAUGAACUCAACAGCUUAUAACAUCGAGGAUGUUUCGCAGAAGGACUCCACCUGUAAGUAUGACUUUAACUCAAGCAGCGCGGAUGCUCUUCCUCAUCCUGCUCCUCAUCUUCCGCGCUUCACCGCCGCGGCUCAGGUCCGAGUGACGCUCACGCUCCUCCUGUGCGCGCUCUCCGCGUGCUGCAAUCUCGCCGUGCUGUACUCAGCCAGCCACAACCACAGGAAACGGUCCCAUGUCCGGCUCCUCAUCACCAACCUGGCGGUGGCGGAUCUGCUCGUGACGUUCGUCGUCAUGCCGCUGGACGCCGGGUGGAAUAUAACGGUGCAGUGGCUCGCGGGGGACCUCGCGUGCAGGACGAUGAUGUUCCUCAAACUCGUUGCCAUGUACUCGUGCGCUUUCGUGACCGUGGUGAUAAGUCUGGACCGACAGGCUGCUAUUCUCAACCCUCUGUCCAUCAACAAAGCGAGGAAGAGAAAUAAAGUUUUGCUGAGUGUAGCAUGGACCAUGAGUGUCGUAUUAUCCAUACCACAGGUAAGAGACAGUGUUUCUUUCCACGUUGUAGUGAUCGAUUGCCCCAAGCGGUUUAUUCAGUGUACAACCUAUGGCAGCUUUAGCUCACGCUGGCAAGAGACACUUUACAACAUGCUGACCUUCAUCUUCCUCUUCCUCUUACCACUCUUCAUCAUGAUCUCCUGCUACAGCAGGAUAUUGUUUGAGAUCUCCAAGAAAAUGACAGACGACAACUUGCUGUCCAACAAAGUGCAGCUGCGCAGGUCAAGAAACAACAUCCCUAGGGCACGCAUGCGCACGCUGAAGAUGACUGUGGUCAUUGUGCUGUCAUUCAUGGUGUGUUGGACACCGUACUACAUGCUUGGCCUGUGGUAUUGGUUCUGUCCCGCUGGCCUGGAGGAAACAGUGUCCCAGUCGCUCUCACACAUCCUUUUUAUAUUCGGCCUGUUAAAUGCUUGUUUGGACCCCAUCAUCUACGGUCUCUUCACCAUUCCACUAUGCAUGAGGCACAGACAGCGUGAACGUAACACGUUUGAGCUGGAGAACACUAAUAACUCUAUGAUGACUUCCAUCAGAACUUCCACCUCCUCUCUCACUUUAAAGAGACUGGCAGUUCAGCAGACGUCUAGAGAAAAGCUAGAAUGGGACGGAGAGUAUGUGCACAGGAUUGGAGAUGAUGGGGCAAAGAACAGUGUGGGCUUUGCAAGUCAUUCCACCUCUAUGGAUUAAAAGCCAAAACACAUGAGGUGUCAUAUGUAUGAUAGUUAAGCCAUGAAAUUUCUAUGAAAGCCAUUAAGGCACAUUAAUCUUAUCUUAUAUGUAUAAAGGUUUCACAUGUAAUGUUUCAAAAAGGUUUAAUUUAUUGUAAUUAGUUCGUUCAUAUUGACUAAUGAGGUAAAUCUUUUGGACACUGAGCCUUAAGAUGACGAAACAAUGAAAGUCAAUAGGGUCCAUCAUUGUUUGGGAGUUUAUUUUACAGAAUAACAGAUUUUUUUAAAGAAGUUGUUAUUUUUUUAUUUAACGAGGACAUAUUAAUUAAUGUAAAUGCAGUACAGACUUUUUCAUUGUUACAAAAAAGUUGAUUUCAAAUAAAGGCUGUUCUGAACUUUCUUUUCAUCAAAGAAUCCUGAAAAAGAUGUAUCAUGGUUUCCACUGUGAUGUUUCCUAUGCAGCAAAUCAGCAUACUGGAAUGAUUUCUAAAGUAUCUUGUGACAAUGAGGACUGAAUAUUAACUGUGAAAAUUCAGCUUUGCCACAGGAAUUUA